CCAUGCAGAUAAGAAGCAAGAUAGACCACUCCCUUCUUGAUCACUAAAACACAUAUAUAAUUCAUUUCCCACUUUGUCCCUCCGACAUACCUUGUUCCUAAAUCCAAACAAAGCCAGCCACCAUGGCAACCACCGCAACCGCCGCCACCAUGUCACAUUUUUUCGGCACAAGUCUCUGCAAACCAACCUCAAACAUGGGAAGAGUUCGUGCUUUCUUCAACAUAGGUACCAAGUUAAAGCCAGCACCUAAGAAAAAGGAAGUGAAAAAAGUGAGAAAACAGGAAAGUGAUGGGCUAGUGUGGUUUCCUGGUGCUCAGCCACCGGAAUGGCUCGAUGGGACGAUGAUCGGUGACCGUGGUUUUGAUCCAUUGGGAUUAGCCAAACCUGUUGAGUAUCUGCAGUUUGAUCUUGACUCACUUGACCAGAACUUGGCUAAGAACCUUGCAGGUGAUAUUAUUGGGACUAGGGUUGAGAGUACAGAUGUUAACCCUACACCGUUUCAGCCUUACACGGAGGUUUUUGGGAUUCAGAGGUUUCGUGAGUGUGAGGUUAUUCAUGGAAGAUGGGCUAUGCUUGGUGCUCUUGGUGCUUUGGCUGUUGAAGCUUUCACUGGUGUCGCAUGGCAAGAUGCUGGAAAGGUAGAGCUGGUGGAAGGAUCAUCCUACUUUGGAUUUUCUCUUCCAUUCUCAAUUAGCACAUUGAUAUGGAUUGAAGUAUUAGUAAUUGGCUACAUUGAGUUUCAAAGGAAUGCAGAGCUUGACCCAGAGAAAAGGUUAUACCCAGGUGGAAAGUUCUUUGAUCCUCUUGGUUUGGCCAGUGAUCCUGAAGAGAAAGAAAGACUUCAAUUGGCAGAGAUUAAGCAUUCUCGUUUGGCCAUGGUGGUUUUCCUCAUCUUUGCAAUUCAAGCUGCUGUUACAGGAAAAGGACCUAUUGGUUUCAUUGCUACCUUCAACCAGUGACAUAACAUGUGAAGCCCUUUUAUCUCAAUCUUCAAUACUAUGUGUCACUAAUUACUCCAUCUUUAAAUUUAGUUAAUUUAUUUUUCUUCUGCAGAAGUUAAAAACUGCUAUGUAUACCAUUUAUGUAUGUUUGUACUCUGUUGCAUGCUUCUAUGUAAUGCUGCUUAUAGCAACAACUUACGGUAUAUAUGUUUUUCUGUUCUACAAA